CUGCGGCACCCCGGGCUCGGCGCAGGCAUGGAGAGCGGAGGGCGGCCGUCGCUGGGCCAGUUCAUCUUUCUGGGCACCAGCUCCGUCGUCACCGCCGUCCUGUACUCCAUGUACCGGCAGAAGGCCCAGGUCGCCCAGGAGCUCAAGGGAGCUAAAAGAAUCCACUUGGGUGAAGACUUGAAGAGUAUUCUUUCAGAAGCUCCAGGAAAAUGUGUGCCUUAUGCUGUUAUUGAAGGAGCUGUUAGAUCUGUUAAAGAAACUCUGAACAGCCAGUUCGUGGAAAAUUGCAAGGGGGUGAUUCAGCGGCUGACACUUCAGGAGCACAAGAUGGUGUGGAAUCGAACAACCCACCUUUGGAAUGACUGUUCAAAGAUCAUUCACCAGAGGACCAACACCGUGCCCUUUGACCUAGUGCCCUACGAGGAUGGAGUGGGAGUGUCGGUGAGAGUGCUGAAGCCCCUUGACUCACUGGAUCUGGGCCUGGAAACUGUGUAUGAGAAGUUCCACCCCUCUAUCCAGUCCUUCACGGAUGUCAUUGGCCACUAUAUCAGCGGGGAGAGACCGAAAGGCAUCCAGGAGACAGAAGAGAUGCUGAAGGUGGGGGCCACCCUCACGGGGGUAGGCGAGCUGGUGCUGGACAACAACUCGGUCCGCCUGCAGCCCCCCAAGCAGGGCAUGCAGUACUACCUCAGCAGCCAGGACUUUGACAGCCUUCUGCAGAGGCAGGAGUCCAGCGUCCGCCUCUGGAAAGUCCUGACCCUGGGGUUUGGCCUCGCCACCUGCGUCAUCCUCUUCUUCAUCCUCCGGAAGCAGUAUCUGCAGCGGCAGGAGCGCCUGCGCCUCAAGCAGAUGGAAGAGGAGUUCCGGGAGCAUGAGGCCCAGCUGCUGAGCCGGGCCUCGCCCGAGGAUCGGGAGAGUCUGAAGAGUGCCUGCGUGGUGUGCCUGAGCAACUUCAAGGCCUGUGUCUUUCUGGAGUGUGGGCAUGUCUGCUCCUGCACCGAGUGCUACCGCGCCUUGCCCGAGCCCAAGCGCUGCCCCAUCUGCAGACAGGACAUCACCCGGGUCAUCCCCUUAUAUAACAGCUAAUGGCUGGCCAUAGCAGGAACCCCCUCGCUCUCAGGGGUGUGUGUCCAGGCCUUUCAAAGAGCAAUGGGGGCAGCUGCUCUGUUCAGGGGUGAUCUCAUAUCCCCACCAGCAAGAUGCUGCAUUUCUAACCUCAGAGGGACCUGGCGGAUAAUGGCAGCUCCCUAUGCUCCUCCUAUAGAGAUGGGUGUGUUGCUUUCCCCCAGAAACCAGAGAGGCGGCUGAAUAUAUUUCCUUUCCCACUUGAGCCCCAAAGAUCAGUGUUUCUGGACCUUUAUCAUUUUAUCUUUUCUGAUAAUUGUGGGUUUCUGUGGCCUUGAGCUCCAGUGGUUGUCAAGGCUGCCUUAAAUGACACUGCCUUUUUUUUGCUCACACUUUAGGAAAAUAGGGUUAGGCUGGACAUAACCCUCCUGACUCUCCCUGACUUGCUUGCUUCCUUCAUAAGCACAUAAGUCUUAGGACAGAGGUACCUCAGCAGCCCCCUGCAGAGGAUGGUCCCACUAGCUGUGUGGAGAGCAUCCGUGGGCCAGUGACAGUAAGGGUCCUUUAGUGGUCUGCUGUGGCUCUCCUGGGGUUUCUGUUGAUAGGAGGGGAGACCUCAAAAUACACCCUGGCCAGCAUUGAAUCUCCCACACAUAAGCUGAGGUCCUCUGGGUUUUCCUGCCAAAGAGGAGCCAGAGAAGCUGGUGGGAGCAGUCUGGAUCCUGUUACCCUGUACUUGCAGCUUCUCCAGGCAGCCAGUGUCCUAUCAGGGGACCUGUCUCAAGAGCCCCUAUCACCCCUCAUUUCCCAGCUUACAUCCUGUGGAUGUCGUCGAGUCCCCAGCCAGUCAGCCCUUGCUGUUCCUAGAGCUGAAGCGUAGAGUGGGCACGUGGGAAUGUAGGCUCGUUUCCUCACUUCUGAGUGUCCUGCAGGUGUGUGCACACUGAGCAUGUAUCAGCUCUUUGUCCCCGUCCUGUGUGGGGUCUGUCACUUUCUAUGCUGUGUCAGCACAAAUAAAUAUCUCACAGCCAA